AUGUCAAAACAUAAUACUAUGACAUCGACAAUGUCAGAUAUAUUGCCCCAGCAACAUCGCAAUUUACAGCAAUUACAGAAUUUACAAAAUAGAACAAAGUCGCUCGGGGUCACCAACGAUUAUAAUCCGGCCUAUUUGCAAUCUAUACAGAAUAAUCUACUGAACAACAAUAUGGAUCCUAAUGGUAAAAAUUUCCAGUUACCUCUCUCGACCAUCAAUACCAAUCAAAGCAAUUCAAACUCGAAAAUGGAUAAGGCAUAUAUGGGGUCUGGUGCUCCUCUUCUGUUCAAUUCUACUGCUAAUGGUCUGGCUCCCGAUGUUCAACGUUCUUCUUCUACUGCAACAAACACUGUUCCUAAUCUUAAUACAAGUGAUGUAAUUUUUCAGCACAAGACUCCAGCGGUUAAUUCUGCUACUCCGUUAUCGAGACAAAACAUGCAACAGGAUCCGAGGUCACCUUUAGUCGUUUUAAUACCUACCAAUUCGCAUCCAACAGAGAUUUUAGCCACCAGAUUCACUGCGUGGAGAAGUGUAAUCAAGUCAUUGGUAACAUAUUUAUCAGAAGCCUCUUCAAUCCAGGACGAAAUUGUAAGGCAGCAGUUGAGGCUAACCCAUGCUAUCGAGUUUCCAUUUUUCUCAAUAGAAAACUUAUACCAGCCGUCCUCUCAAGAGGAUAAAAAUAAUCAGAAUUUCUUCCUAUCUCUAGGCAAUGGGUCUGUUCAAGAUCUGCCUACUAUUUUGAAUCUAUACCACAGUUCUCUAGCCUCAAAUGCAUCUAAAGUCUCAAAGGAACUCUCGUCAGAUAUAAUACCAAGACUACGAGACUUGAGAGGGGACUUAUUAAUAAAAAUUAAAGAAAUUAAAGUAUUAAAUUCGGAUUUCAAAAAUUCUUGUCAAAAAGAACUGCAAAAGACAAAAGAUGACUUAAAAGUUUUUCUACAAUCAAUUGAAGAGGCCCGUUAUGGGACUCCAAAACAAGAUCCAUAUUUAACAAAACUAGUUCUAAAUAGACAGAUCAAAAAACAGUUAUCGGAAGAAAAUUUCUUACAUGAAGCCUUCGAUAAUUUACAAUCAUCAGCAGAAGAAUUAGAAAAAGUUGUAGUUAUGGAAAUACAAAAUGCAUUAACAAAUUACGCAAAGUUAUUAGGUCAACAAUCACAAUUAGUUUUUGAUGUUUUGAUUUCAAAAUUGGAUACUGGUUUCUUUAGCAAAAAUCCAAAUUUUGAAUGGGAAAAUUUUAUUGCAAGAGAUCCAAAUUUUAUUUUACCAGAUAUACCAAUGAGGAAAAUGAAUUCUAUAAUAUAUAAAAAUCAGAACGAUCCAUUGACUUACGAAAUUACUUCUGGCUACCUUGAAAAAAGAUCCAAGUUCUUAAAGGCAUAUUCAAAAGGUUACUAUGUAUUAUCACCAAGUUUCUUACAUGAGUUUAAAUCACCAGACAGGAAAAAAGAUUUAGUACCGAUCAUGUCACUUCCAUUAAAUGAAUGCACUGUCACUGAGCAUUCAAGAAAGGGUUCUUCUGAUUAUAAAUUCAUAUUACACUCCAAGCAGAACGGGCUUAUUAUCAGAGGUCAUAAUUGGGUCCUUAAAUCAGAUUCCUAUGAAAACAUGAUGCUAUGGUAUAAUUUAAUAAAUGAUUUAACUAAAUUAACAGACCAUCAAGCCAAAGUAGAUUAUGUCAUUAAAAAAAUUAACUUAACUGGUGAUGCUGCUCAAAAUGUUUUAUUAAAUAGAGAAGCUUUGAAAGACGAGGAAAGAAUUGAUAAGUCUAUAAAUGUGGAAAAUGACGAUCAAAAUUAUGAUGAUCUUAACAUGGUUCCUGAAAUCACUGUAUCAAGUCCGAUUAAACGUUAG